AUUUCUUUCAGGAACCCAGAAAGAAGACGACUUGUCUUUUACCUCCAAAGGGUUCCUGAUGUUUGUUUCUUGGCUACAAAUUUCUCCUGAAAAAAAAUAAUCAAACUUUUUCUAAUUCUUAGAUAGUUAGAUUCUUCGUUAGAGAUUCUUCUCUCUGCAUUUUUCUGGAUUUCGUUUCUUAGCACGAUGAUGGAUGGUAGAGAUGAUAAAGCUCGGGAAGAAGAAAAACAUGAGUCUCGCGAAGAUAACCAAAGGGAUGUUGAGUCUGCUGAGAUAGCAGAAGAAGAGCUAUCACCAGGUCGAGACCUAUGGAGGCGAGGCCUUGUGCUAGAUUUACCAUCAAGAACACCUGAAGAUACAAGAGAUGAUCUACUAAGACGAAAUGCAUCUUUAACAUCAAGUCCUGUUGCCAAAAGAGUCAACUUCUCUCCAAUGUCAAGCCCUCGAAUUGGGCAACGUGGUGCAUCCCUGAGUCCUUCUUCUUCCUCUCCAAGAAACAAGCCUAAUAGCCUGAAGAAUCUAAUCCCCAAGUUAAGCUUCAAGAACCGGAACAGCAAUAACAAUAAUGUAGAUGUCGAGAAAGCUGCAGAUUUGUCCUUUGUGUCCUCCCCUUCUUCAGGAAAUGGUAGAGACAGGUCCACAUGGAAUCUAGCUACUAUUUUAACUCCAAGAUUGAAGAAAACUGAGUCCUUGCCUGUAACUCCUAUAGCUCACUCAAAUCCUGAGUCCAUGCACGGGAGAUAUGUUGUUGAUCCAGUUACUUCCACGAAAAAAGGGCCUCCAUUGCCUAUUCAUCGUUCACGCUCUGUCCCUGCUUUCAAUAAAGAUGGAAGUCUAAGGCAAGCAGGUGUUUUCCGUGUAAUUCCAACUCCAAACAUGACGCCAACCAGAAAUUCUAUUACACUUAACGACGUGAAUGUUGAUGGCGCUGAAGAUGUUCCUGAAGAAGAAGCUGUGUGUAGAAUCUGCCUGGUCGAAUUGGGAGAAGAUUCAGAAGCCUUCAAGAUGGAAUGUAUGUGUAGAGGCGAACUAGCUCUUGCCCACAAAGAAUGUACAAUCAAAUGGUUCACCAUUAAAGGAAACAGAACAUGCGAUGUGUGCAAGCAAGAGGUUCAGAAUCUCCCUGUCACCCUUCUUCGCAUGCAGAAUUCUCAGGGUAAUCGUGGAGCUGCAGAUACCGAGGCUUCACACUACAGUGUAUGGCAGGAUGUUCCAAUUCUUGUCAUUGUAAGUAUGCUUGCAUACUUCUGUUUCCUCGAGCAGCUUCUGCUUACGAAAAUGAAAUCCGGUGCAAUUGCAAUUUCUUUACCAUUCUCCUGCGUUCUUGGUCUUCUUGCGUCGAUGACUUCAACAACAAUGGUGAAGAAGAGUUAUGUCUGGAUUUACGCCACAACUCAGUUCGGUCUUGUUGUUUUUUUCUCCCACAUAUUCUUUACGUUGGUUCGCAUGCAACCGGUUGUGUCCAUUCUCUUAGCCACAUUGGUUGGGUUUGGACUCACGAUGAGCGCAACUACAGGUCUAGUGGAGUUUUCGAAAUGGAGGAGAAGGCAUAGGACAGGUGAACUUCCAAACAGUAGUCAGAUGGAUCAACCACCAGUUGAGACAAUAGAUGAGAGCGUGUCUGGAUCAAGAAACUGAAGGCAGAGGUUAAUGAUAUGUUCCAGUAGCGAUGUUAAAGUAACGAGAUCAAACCAUUUCGGAUAAAGUUUUGAGGACAUCUGGAUGGGAGAUUGAUCUAUUUAGAGAUAUGAGAAGAGUCUGGUCAAUGUGAAUUAAGUAGUGAUGGUUGACAAGAUUAAGGGCUCUCUUUUGUGUGUGAAUAUCUAUCUGUUGUUGUUGUUUUUUUGAAAGAAAAACAGAGAAAGAUGGUUUUGUAUCUUUUCUUUUUAUUGUACAUUGCAAUAAUAUUUUUAUAUACAGUAAAAGGUGAAAGAGAGCAGUCAUCCUCUA